UCCACACGUGCUUCCUGCGUCUUCUAGAAGCAUCACUUAGUUGAAGGGCAGUCAGGGGUUUCCCUCGGAGCUGAAUUAAUUUAUUCUUUUGUCAGAAGUUUGUAAUUUUACACGAUAAUGUUGAAGUCAGUUGUCCGUGCGGCGGGAGCCGCUGUUCGUCUUUCCUCAGCCGCUCCGGGAGUCUCCGCGCGGGUCCUGCCGCUCAGAUGUCCGACGCUGAGCAGCUCGUGCUCGGCCACGGCCCGGCCGUUCACCCGCUCCCUAUGGAUGCUGAACAACAGCGGAGCUGCUUCGGGGUAUAGACCCAAGCUGUUCAGCUCGAAGGAGUUGUUUCCGUCGGUGUCGUGUGGAUGUGGAUGUGGAGGACUGCACACACAAGGCGACACAGCGUUUGGCGACUUCCUGUCUGAUGAAAUCAAAGAAGAGAAGAAGAUCCAGAAGAACAAAACCCUCCCCAAGAUGUCUGGAGGAUGGGAGCUGGAGCAGAACGGCACAGAGGCCAAACUCACAAAGCAUGUUUCUGGGGACAAAGUCACAGUCACGUUCAACGUGAACAGCAGUAUUCCUUCGACCUUCGAGGAGGAUGCGGAGCACGGACAGCCGGAGAAAUCUGCUGAGGAGGAGCCAGACAUUAUAUCAACACCCAACUUUGUUGUUGAAGUCACCAAACAAGCUGCUAAACAUUCCCUUGUGUUUGACUGCCAGUUUCCUGAAGAUGAGAUUGGUCAYGGUGAAGAUGAGGAGGAAAGCGACAUCUUCAGCAUCCGGGAGGUCAGUUUCCAGCCAGAGGGUGACAUCGAUUGGAAGGAGGGCAGCUACACACUCAACACAGACUCUCUGGACUGGACGCUGUACGACCACCUGAUGGACUUCCUGGCCGACCGCGGCAUCGACAACACCUUCGCCGACGAGCUCUGUGAGCUUAGCACCGCCAUCGAGCAUCAAGAGUACAUCAAGUUCCUAGAAAACCUCCAUGGUUUUGUCCAAUGUAAAUAAAGUUAAACUUGAGAGGUAGAGAGUGAACCUGGAGGAGGAGGAACUGUUGAGUUAGCGUCAGAAACAUUCGUCGCUGUCAGUAAAUGUUGUUUGUAAAAAUGUGACUUUUUCUUUUCAGCAACUUCAACAAGAAAUAAAUAUUCUGCUUACAAUUACWGCAGAAACCAUUUUCAGUCUUAGAUCUUCAGCUUCUGUCUCAUCUGUGACCCGUUUGCAUUUUGCAUUUAUUAACACUUCUUAUUCUGCAAGUAAUAAAAGGAAAAUCUGACAUUUUUAUUUUCAUGUACUGUAUAUUACGGCUUCAGGGGUUUUGUUUGUCUUGACUGGUUGGUCAGACGUGUGRGAAGUGAUGGAAACAUGUUUAGAGUGUGGAAGAGCUGAAAAGUGCCCAAUAAAACAAUUUGAUACAAAAGCA